CUAUUAAUCUGUAGUAAAGUUACUUUGAGUAUUUAGAUAAUAGUGCCAUCUGUACAACACACGUGAAGUAUUCUGGAAACCGAUUACUACCGACUAAAACCGAUUAUAACCGAAGUGCAAUCGUUGCAGCAGAUGAUUUUUACGAGUAACGAAUAAAAAUGAAAUUGACAUCAAUAUUUUUCCGUACCGCUCGAGCGCCCCAAAAUGAGAACAAAGUACCUUUUAAGGCAAUGGUACCAUUAAAACUAAGAGAUCGUGUAUCCUCAAAACAUCAAAGUGUAGCAGAUCGUGGAUGUUUGCAAGAGUUAUUUCUGCUUUUAACAUGCCUUGAAGAAAACGAAUAUGAAAACAAAAGAUGUGUUCCCCAAUUUAAAGUAUUGGAACAGUGUUACAAUAUCCAUCAGAAAAAUAUAAGGCGUACAAAAAUCGAACAGGAACAAGAAGUACCUGUACCUAACAGUAAGAAUUUGACAUAUAAACAAGUCACAUAUUUUUUACGAAGAUAUCCAACAGUGUAGUUUCUCAUUUCUCAUUUUAACGCAUUAAUAUAUACUUAUAUAAAAAGUUUAUAAUAGGCGUAUAAUAUAAA